AUGAAGGUGGAGUCUGCUGCUGCUGUUACUGGAGGGACACAGCGGGGCGUGGAGGUGGAGGAACACAGCGGGGCGUGGAGGUGGAGGAACACAGCGGGGCGUGGAGGUGGAGGAACACAGCGGGGCGUGGAGGUGGAGGAACACAGCGGGGCGUGGAGGUGGAGGAACACAGCGGGGCGUGGAGGUGGAGGAACACAGCAGGGCGGGGGCGUGGAGGUGGAGGAACACAGCGGGGCGUGGAGGUGGAGGAACACAGCGGGGCGUGGAGGUGGACGGACACAGCGGGGCGUGGAGGUGGAACACAGCGGGGCGUGGGUGGGGAACACAGCGGGGCGUGGAGGUGGACGGACACAGCGGGGCGUGGGUGGAGGAACACAGCGGGGCGUGGUGGAGGAACACAGCGGGGCGUGGAGUUGUGGGGGACAGGCCAACUUCAUGUGCCACACCCCGGAUGGAGAGACCAUUAUCACGGAGAGUGAUAAUGUGAUCUCUGAGCACCAACUUCUCAUCUCUCUGAUUCAUGUUGGCUUGGUGGAGCUUCUGAUCACUCUCAUCAGCGGCAAAUAA